GCCCGUCCAUCCCACCCAGCCCUGUGGCGGCGUGUCCUGUGCRGGUCCGUCCCGGCCGCAGCCGAGCGGGGCCAUGGCGGAGCUCCAGGCGCGCCUCGAGGCGCUGGAGCGGCGGUUGGAGCGGGCGGAGGCGGCGCUGCGGGACCGGCCCCUCGCGGCCCUGCAGCUCCACGGGGUCCCUUUGGUGUUCGAGGAUGUGGCAGUGCGGUUCAGCCGGCAGGAGUGGGCGAGCCUGAACGAGGGACAGAGGGAUCUGUACCGGAGCGUCAUGGAAGGCAACUACGAGAUGCUGGUGUCCCUGUACUGUGCCCUGUCCAAGCGUGAGCUGUUACCAUGGCUGGAAAGAGAAGAGCUGAGCACGCCAACAGAAUCGAGGCCAGAGGCGACAGAGGUGUUCCCAGAGCUGGCUGUAGAGCUGGCCCAACAGAACUGCACCAGUGAUGACACAGUGCUGGAGACAGAGACAACGGCGGGGGGCUGCAGGGAGGCAGAGGAGAGCGGGAAUCUGGUACAGGAAAAGGAGAACCUGGCGGAGGAAAGCAGAGACUUGACAGAGGAAAGCUGGAACUUGGCAGAGGAAAGCGAGAACCCAAUGGAGGAAAGCAGGAAUCUGGCAGAGGAAAAUGGGAGCCCAGCUAAGGAAAGUGGAAACCUGGCAGAGGAAAGUGGGAACCUGAUGGAGGAAAGCGGGAACCCAGUGGUCUCAGAGAACUACAGCACAUCACCCGUCCCUCUGGAAGCUGCUGCUGUCCCGGUGGAUCCCAGCCAGCCGGCCCUGUCCCCUCCCUGCCUGCUCUCCGUGUGCUCUCAGGAWGCAAUGGGUCAGAACUGUUCUCCAUCACCUUUCCCUGCAGCAGUAGAUGCUGAGACGAGGAUCCCAACAGAGGUGUCGCAGGAGCAGGUUGCUGAGGAGAAGCCAUCAAUGCCCAAAACACCUUCUAUGAGUCCGGAAGAGGAGAAAGGUCUGGAAAAGGAGAGUCUGAAAGAUUCAGGGAAUACUGGCCAAGAUCUGGUGGCUGACAUUCCUGAAGAACCAGGAAAGAAGGUGACACCAGAUGUCUGUGGAAUGAUGGAACAGGCAGAUCCCAGCCCCAAGGAGCCGGAGAAGGACUCCUAUGUGGGCCGGCUGGCGGCCUGCCAGCGAAAUGCCACCCGGGAAUAUUACUCCUGCCCUAUCUGCAGGAAAACCUUUCUGCUGAAGAUCAACCUCCUGAUCCAUCAGCGUGGCCACACCAACUGGGUGCCCUACGUCUGCGUCCACUGCGACCGCAAGUUCAUGUCCAAGAAGAAAAUGAGGCGGCACCUCCGUGCCUGGGCAGCCAACGGGACAUGCCAGCCCUCAGAGCUGGAGGUGUGUCCCAGCCAGGUGCCAUACCCAGCAUCCCAUCCCCAAACCUGGGCAGCUAACGGGACAUGCCAGGCCUCAAAGCCAGAGGAGUGUCCCAGUAGGACACAGUGCCCAACAUCCCAGCCCCAAAGCUGGGCAGCCAACGGCACCUGCCAGCCCUCAGAUGCGAAGGCGUGUUCCAGCCAGGGGCUGUGCCCAACAUCCCAGUGCCCAACAUCCCAGCCCCAAACCUGGGCAGCCAAUGGCACCUGCCAGCCCUCGGAUGUGAACAUGUGUCCCAGCCAGGGGCCGUGCCCAACAUCCCAGCCCCAAACCUGGGCAGCSAACGGGGCCUGCCAGGCCUCAAAGCCGGAGGAGUGUCCCAGCCAGACGCUGUGCCCAUCCUCCCAGCCGCAAGCCCCGAGCAGGGAGUGCAGCACAGUGUGGCAGGAGCCCAGCCCUGCCAGGUGCUCGCUGUCAACUGGAAAUAUGAUGUACACGUGCAACGAGUGCCUGGAAAAUUUCUCCAGCCAGAGCUUCCUCACAGUGCACCAGCGCAGGCACAAAGGGCACCACCUCAUCCUGUGUCCCUGCUGCAACCGGAGCUUCACCUGGGUCUCGGACUUUGUCCGGCAGCACAUGGGUGUCCGGCCCCACCAGUGCGGCAUCUGCCAGAAGACCUUYAAGAGGUUCUCCCACCUCAAGGCGCACAAGAGGGUCCACAGGCGGCAGGAGCGGCCGUUCCCCUGCGCCAACCCGGUGCCCAUCCCGGCGGCACCCGCAGCAGGAGAUGGGGCGGGAAGCCAGGAUGUGAACCUCCAGGGAUGGAGCGCUGCUGUUGGACAUUGAGGUGUCUUCCAGGAACGGAAGGCUGCCGUUGGACCUCAGGGUGUGCUGUUGAAAUUUGAGGUUGUCAUCAAAACUAUGGGAAAAACAAAAACCCUCCAACAACAUUUUUGAUGUUAGAGAGUCAACUUUACUCUGGUCAGGAUGUUGUUCUGGCCAGGWUGUGCCACAGAAACCAUUUUGUCUACACAUAGGCUGGGUGGCAGUGAAAAUCAUUCCAUGACACACACAUUUUUACAAGAUUUUCUCCAAAUUUUAUACAGUCAAAACCCAUAGAACUUCAUCGAUUGGUCCAAAGUUGUGUAGUCUUCAUUGGUUCUUCACCUCUGAUGGUAAUUAUGUCCUCCUUUUUAUCUCUCUUUUCCCAGACCAGGCGUCUUGGACCACACUGGGAGGCCCGGUCUGGGGUAGAUGUUUGUUGAUGUUUGCUGAUGGGUGUUGUCUUUUGGGUAUCACUGGGGCUAUUCCCAAUCUGUUGAAAUGUUGUGCUCAUCUCCAUUGAGUGGUGUGACAUGUCUUAAAAAAAUCCUUACAAUUAUUUUCUCCAAGGUGAAGGCAAAUGAAAAUCCCUGAGUAAAGUCAUAUAAAARAUUUUAAACUCUGGGAGGUGACCUCCCAGAGACUUCAGGUGACAUCUCAGGGUGCUGCUGGUGAACUUUGAGGUGACCUCCUGGACACAGGGUGCUACUGGUAGACUUUGAGUUGAUGUCCUUAGGACACGAGGCUGCUGUCUGAUCUUGAAGUGAGGAAUGGGAAGCUGCUGAUGGACUCUAAAGCCUCCUCUCAGGAAUGGGAUACACUGAUGAACUUCGAGGUGUCCUCAAAGUAAUACAAUGCUGCUGCUGCUGAACCUCGAGGUGACCUCCCGGGAACGGGAUGCUGCUGCUGGACCUUGAAGUGCCUCCCAGUGAUGUGAUGCUGCUGCUGGAUCUUAAAGUGACCUCGUGGGGACCRGAGGCCACUGUCAGACCUUCUCCCCUCUCCCUCUCCACAUGAAGGCUGGAGGAUGGGCAACAUUUUCUGGUUCCCCUGCCCUGGUUGGGGGAUGGGGGAACCUGCCCCAGCCCAUGGGAGGGGGGCUCCUUCCUCCCGAGCCCUGGUGAGGUGGGUGGGUUGCUGGGAGUGGGUCUCUUUUCUGGAGAGUGCCAAUAGAUAAUGUAGA